GACGGCACUGACUGGCAUCACUGCUGGGCACUGACUGGCGGCACUGACUGGCACAACCCCUGGGCACUGACUGGUGGCACUGACUGGCAGCACUGCUGGGCUGCACUGGUGGAUGGAACUGGUGGGGCAGCACUGGUGGGUGGGCACAGGUGCGUGGCACUGGUGGGCACAGGUGGGUGGCACUGGUGGGCACAGGUGGGUGGGCACCGGUGGAUGGCACUGCUGGGCACAGGUAGAGUGGCACAGGUGGGUGCACUGCUGGGCACAGGUGGGUGCACUGCUGGGCACAGGUGGGUGAUCUGCUGGGCACAGGUGGGC